AUGGAAUCAACAAAGGAGGGAAGUGAUCUCCGUUUCAUCGAGCCCCAAACGGUGGUCCACUACACAAGAGAUGGUGUAUUGAGUGCAAGAAAUGCCGCCAAUCAAGAUGACAGCAACGACAACAAGGAUAGCUCGAAUCUUUCUACUGGUGUUUCUGGCUACUCUCCUCGUCAACUUGGUGCCAAUCUCUCAUCAAUUGCCUCUUCUCAUCCUUCGUCAAAUGAAAACACCGCUAAAAUUCAAAAAUUGCAUUCGGCUAUUCACCAUUUGGAUCUCGCUCGAACGCCCCACCCGUGUAAUCGUAUACGUGCCAUGGCUGGCAGUGAUUUGGGAAAUCAAUCAAUCAACGAGAGGGAAAUCGAGAGUUUGGAUGUGAACCAAUUUCCUUUUUCUUCCACUUCGUCGUCUCCAUCAUACUCUCGACCAACUGCCUCAUUGCCUGCACAUUCUUCGGAAAAGUCAUCGUGUCCGCUC